GGACGGCUGUCGAUGUAAAGUGCAGAGAAACGUGCUCAGUGAACAGUCAUACAACGAUGCACGCAGCUCAGCGCGGAUCAGCAGCAGACAUGUAAAGAGAUGGAUUAGAAAAUAAUGUGCCUCGCCUGUCAUCAUCAUCACCAUCAUGUUUCCGGGAGUUUUCUAUGCACUGCUGGCGGGUUUCCUCGGAGCUGUGGCGUCGUCCUCGGCCAAACUGUCCCUUGGAGCCGACUACCUGAAGGGUGUCUGUGAAACCGGACUCCGGACAUGGGGAGAACAGCGGAAAUUUAGACAGGCGGACGAAACUACCGCCUGUGACCGGCUCCAUAUCCCUCUGAGGCUGCUGUGUGGUGGGCUGCUUUUCACCUGCAAUGCUGUGAUGUGGACCUUCCUUGCCAAAGCGCUCAGGUAUUCCUCGUCCUCCACCCGAACCACUGUGACCACCACUGCCUCCAACUUCAUAUCUUCCGCUUUCCUGGGCCAGCUGAUCUUUGGGGAAGCCCAGAUAACAUUGUGGUGGGUUGGGAUCUCUCUGACCUUGUCCGGUUUGUUGGUAAUUCAGAGGGUUUCGCCGCAGGAUGGACAACAGAACACAGUUGCCAAAAAAGAUGAAUAAUAUGUCCUGUCUCUACUAGCUGUGGCUUGUGGUCUGUUAUGGCACACAUCUCUGACUUUAUUAGAGCCAAAGAGCAGCAAAAUUUGAAAACAGCAGCUGUAUUUAAAGUGUUUUAUUCUUUAACUGGGACACGUGCUAAAUUAAUGAUAAGUUACUGCUCAACUUGUUUAAGUCAAGUGGAAACAGUUGUUGUCUUACAGUCAAAUAACAAAAUUCCAUUUUAACUAUUUAGCCUGAAGUGAAAUUUGUGAUUCACUUUCUCAAAAAGGAAAUCGUUUACUUGAAAUUUAUAUCUGUUUUACAGGUUGCAGUUUGUGGCCUUGCGGGAUACAAAACCCUGCUGGUGCAGCCUCGUUUAGCCCUUUCCUAAAAUCAGAGAUCUUGGCUUUCGGCCAGUCCAACCAGAGCACAGCCAAGGGCUAGCUAGUAGAGACAGAAUAGUGGAUGGCUGAGUCCAGCUUCCCAGAAGCUCUAAAAUCAUCUCUGUCCACAGGCUUUACAAAGGAGCAAAAAUUAUACUAGCUUUACAUUACUUUUUGGAAAGUCAACAAUAGCACAACAACUUCUGAGCUAACUGAAAAGAUAUAAAGAAAGCUAAAUAAAUAAUUGUUUUGGGAAAUGCAUCUAUUUGCUUUCUUAUUGAGCAUUACAUGAGAAGAUUGAUACCACUCAUAUGUCUGUAGAGACAAUGCAGUGUGAAGCCUGGAAAGACUGGAAAUCAGAGGGUAGUUAGGCUGGCUCUGUGGGAAGAUAACCAAAUCAGCUUGUAAGUACAACUUAUUUCAAUAAGUAAUGCACUAUAUCAUGUUUGUUUAAUAUAUUCAUGAACAGAAAUGAAAAAAAUUACUUUUUUUUUUGUCUUUGUAGAGGAAUAUGUGUGGGACUAUUUUCUGGCUGGGCGUAGUGACUUCCCUUAGUUUCUACCAGUUUUCUUGAGGAAAUCUGUUAAAGGAAGCAAUUAAAACCACAAGGUGUUGGUUUGACUUCUUGGUUUAUGAGACAACACUAAUUGGGAUUUCUUAGGUUAAUGCUACAGUCACACUAGGGAAAAAAGUGGUUGGAGACUACAGCAUGACCAAAAUUAUUGCAUUAUUGUUUGCAGUGAACUCGUGAUCUAGUUGCCUUUGAAAUGGUUGCUUCAAAGACAGGACCAGGUCUGUGAUCAUUUGCAGUCAGCUCCCACAUUCAAAGCAACUUUGGUGCAUCAAGACAGCGAUAAAAUUUCAAUAAGACACUCAGUCUGCUAUCAGUUUGUGAUUGAAUCGGUUGCCAGUAGCAUGCACAGAAAUUCACCUUAACUACUUACAUCCAGCCAGAGUUUCAUAGAUUUAAAACAGAAAUUCCUCCACAAAUAGUGACAGUUGCUACAAGAUGGCAGUGUAACUGGAAUAGACAUAGGUGCUCAGCAACCUGGCUUUUAUAUAGGAAUAUAAUCAGAAAAC